GUUACAUGGCGUUGCGUCUGACUGACCAAGCCCCAGGUUUUUGGGGGGGUUAGGCUGACAGACUCCAAACAAACCUCCACCGAUCUGGCUCCACGAUGCCCCAGUGCAAAGCGCGAGCAGCCUAGCGACAGAUUGGUAAAUCGCAACUCUCUCGACUUCUUGGCAUCGCGUGAUCGCGGCCAUGGCGCCAUUCCUAAUCACGGACUCUCCGGCCGUUUCGAGUACGGCGACGCUCGUGAACAAUGACGCAUCAAAAGCUAGCCCCUUCUCAAGAGCAGCCGUUGAGUUUCUGGCGGAACUAAAAAAGAGGGACGAUGCGAAGAACCCUUUCGUGAGAGAACUUCACAACCAACAUUUGGUGCAGGCGGGCAGCGGCGCGACACAGAGCCAAGUUUCGGCGGCGGAACUGAGGGAUUUCGUGAGCCGACUCCAGGCUCAAAAGCGGACUGGACGCAGCCACCAGAUGCUCACGCGCGUCGGCCCCUUCAUCGAUGGUCUUCAGAAGCUCAUGAUGGCGUGUGAAAAUCUCGCACAAGCAGCACCGUUUGGCGUGAGCGUGGCGUUUUCGGGCGCCCGCAUCGUCCUGGAGCUCGCCAUCAAGAUGAACAACUACCUCGAGGCCGUGGUGGAUGCUUUGGACGAGAUCGGGGUCAGCCUCAAGUGCUACGGGAAGUUCGCCGAGGCACACGACUCGUCCGCGGACAUGCAGGACCUGCUCGCCAGCUCGUACAAGCAGAUUCUCAAGUUUUGGUACGACGUUUCUCACACGCUGUCGCAGAACAUGUUCAAGACGGUUUUGAAGAGCGUCGCGAAGCCCCUGGACAAGGACAUCAAGACUGCACUUGACGGCUUGAGGCGGGACAGCAUCAAGGUGCUGACCCUUGCGCAGGCGACGGCGGCGCAGCAGACACGGCAGGACAGGGAGGCCGCUCAAAGAGGUGCCAUCGUCAAGUGGAUCAUGGGCGACAAGCAUGUCGACGCGCGAAUCGACCUGAAAGACCAGCUUGACCGUCGCCACGAGGGCACGUGCCAAUGGAUGUUUGAGGACCAACGGUUCAGGGACUGGCGGGAUGCCACCGAGAAUGCAGCGCUGUGGUACAACGCACCCCCAGGCUCUGGAAAGAGCGUGUUUGCAGCCACGAUAGUAGACCACCUUGUCAAGCGGGGCGAGAAGGUGGUGUACUUCUUCUACUCCUUCAGCGACUCCGUACGGAGGCACGGAAUAAACGGUCUGCGCUCCUUGGCCCUGCAGCUAUUGACGCUGGUCACGACCCUGCCAGAUAAGCUGGUGGACAUGUACCAGACCGAGAUGAAGAACCACGCCAUCACCCUCAACGCUCUUCACGAUGCCAUACACGCUGUUCACGAGCUCGCCACGCAAUGCGAGCACGUCUAUAUUGUUGUUGACGGCCUCGACGAGUGCAUCCAGGAGAGCACAAUCCUGCUCAGUCUAGAACACCUCAUCCAGAUGCCGACUUACGGCACAGUCAAGUGGCUCUUUACUAGUCGCAACCACACAAGCAUACGAUCUGUCAUGGAGGGGCUCAACGCCGUAGAAAUCCAGCCAGAGCGAAGCUUCAUCUCAAAGGACAUCCACGCGUAUUUCUCAAGCCAUAUCACCUGCCACGACUGUGUCGACAACUGGACAGAAGACGAGGACAACUUUUUAUACGCAAGGCUAGUCUGUGAGACCCUACGCGGUGAGGGGCUCACUUGCGAAGAGGAAAUCGACAUGGCCCUGCGCAAGUUUCCCAAGGACUUGAACGGCUACUACAUGCGGUCGCUCGAAAAGCUCUCCGAGAAAACUGAGGAGGAGCAGGAACUCGCCCGACGCACAUUCCUGAUCCUGAUAGCAGCGGCUCAGUCUGUCUCCCUCAACGAGUUGCUGGAAGCAUUGGCCGUCCGCCGGGGAGCCAAGGACCAUAAAGCUUCACGGGUUUCCUCGGCCGGGGUCAUCGAAGACCUCUGCAGUCCCCUCGUCGUCUUCGAUAGGCCGAACCAAGAAUCCAAUCUGGACAACCCACGCCUCAAGCUUUGCCACAAAACAGUGGAGGACUUCUUCAUGCAGGACCAAGACAGCAUCAGCGCAGAAGGCCGUCAGCACCUGCGCAAGUACUUCGUGACGCAAGACAGCGCAAACCAAGAGCUCGGGCUCGACUGCCUCACCUACCUGCAGUACGAGCGAUACCAGAAGCCUGGGUUGGAUCUCCCUUCCAUCCUCGCUCAAGUGCCGACGCCCCGGAACCACGCCUUCCUGCCGUACGCGGCCACCUUCUGGGCCCAACAUCUGAUGGAUAUCCGCCCGUCUCCGCCCAUAACCGAGAUGGUCAGGGCAUUCCUCAAGAGUCCCGCGUUUUGGACGUGUAUCGCUGUCCAGUCCCGUGUCGUGCCUUACCUGUUUGGCCGAUUCGCACGCCGGGGAGGUGGAUCGUACACGAUGGGCGUUAGGGGCUUGCAGUGGCGCGACGAGGACUUCUCCGGCCUCCCUCUUCCGACUUGGCUAGAUUGUUGCUCGGAAGAGGGCAUGCUGCUAGACCGGUCACUCUGCUGCUUCGUGAAUGAGUGGCGAGAGGUCCUGACCACGAGCCCUGCAGGUCUCGAGCUGUGCCUUCCGCUGAGGCACUUCGAUGCGAGCUGCCACCUUAUCCCGCUUGAAAAAUCCAAGGUGGUGAGGGUUGCACAACUUGAAGAAUCGAUUGACGGUAUUUCUUCCUUCGCCGAUGUGCGUCUAGUCGAUACCACGUUUGUCGGAAGGACGCUUUGGGCCGACGUGCUAUGUCGGGGGGACGAGAGCGGCGGCAACGUCGGGCAGUUCAAGAGGAUGCGGAUACCGCUUUUCUCCAAAAAGAACCCGACGUCAAGCACGCAUAGGUUACCGAUUAUUCGAGGCGACGAAGCUGGUGGGACAAUAUUUAUCGCCCAGCGGACCAAGAGCCCAGACUCUGUCCAAGUACUGAGGAUAAAUCCAGAGACUCUAGGCGUGAGACUGACGAUGCAGGAUCAUAGCGAAGAGCACAACCCACCAAUCCCGUUUUCUAAGGAGAAUGUCGGUAGGAGAGGAACUUGGGAAGUUGUGUCUACCCAGGAUGUCGGACCUGACACGAGCAGGGAUUCGUCUAUGCGGAUAUUACACGCAACCUGGCAGAAGUAUAAACCCGUCCUGCAGACCGGUGUCUGCCAGUCCCAAGGGGAGGACAGAGAGGAUGACAAGGACGACUCGCACUCGUCGGAAUCCGAGGAUGAAAGUGACGAUGACUCGGACUCUGACACAGAGCCAGACGCAGAGUCGACGAAGUCGCUCAGUGACACCAAAGCCGAGGCUGCUCACGAGACGCCAUCCGAGACGGAUUACGAAUCCGAUUCGGAUGAACUUGUCAGCGACUGCUUGAUAGUGGUGCCACUCAACAGCCGCCCAGUGUGGCAUGCCUGGUGUGGUCAGCCUCGCGUCUGGUCUAGAGUCACUUGCGCCGUGCAUCCGCUGCUACCCCUGGUGGUCGUCUCCCACACCGCACGCCAGCUAGAGGUCAUCAACACCGCCGAGCAUACCCAGAGGAAGAAACAUCUUCCUGAGCAAGCAGAUCUCCAAGAGGCGCCGCUUGCGAGUCUACGAGAACUUCGCUUCUCCGCCUGCGGCACCUUCCUGCAUUUCCUCUCCAUCUCCUUCGUCCCCGAUAAAGCCAGCACAACAACUGCACGCGUCACAGUCUCGACCUUUAAUUUCAAUCACGAGGGCGGCAGCGACGACACGCUCCUGCGCGAGGGCCAGGCUCGACGAUGCACGUACACAUUCGAUGGUAUGCCGCUGCCGCUGGCUCUCACCUACUGGAGCGACGCCGAGGUGGUCAUCGCGCUGCCGCCGCUGACAUGCGAUCCGAAAAUCCUGAAAAUCAGCUUGCCGCAGAGGCCAGCAUCAAAUGGGCAGGGUACCGACUGCGAAGAUGCGAAUUCCAUACUGACGCUAAGGGAAGCCAUUUAUUUCCCGACAUCGUCGCCACGGCGGAAUCCGCGCUUGAGCUAUAGGGAUGGGGGAGGAGGCCAGAAGGCAGAGGACAGCAGCUACAUCUACCUUGCUCUCGACACGCUUGCUCCCGACAAAGCGUCGAAGGCGCUGGGGCAAAGGGUAGGAACUUUGCGUUCUGGUUCGAACGCUCCGCCGCCCCUAACCAGUGACACAGAAGACGGUCGUACCGGCGAGCCGAGUCUUGUGAGUCCACCAGUCGUGCUGAGGUGGAAGAUAGCGCAGGCAGGUGGUUGGCGAACUUGGAACCCCGAACUUGAUGGGCAGGCGUCGGAUACAAGGAGGGGGCUGAGCGUCUGGGAGAUGUUGAGAGGCGCAUUCGUGGACAGUGACAAGGCGUUCAGCGUGCCUGUCCGUAGCGGCUUGGACUGGACGAGGAAAGGGUUUUUGAGCUGCAAUUAAUUAGCUUGCAAUCUGUAAGGUCAUUUCUAUCAACCAAUAAUGGUCAAAAUGAAGGAACAUGGUUUCUAGUCGAUAUAUAUGGGAGGCGGCAGAGAUUGCCGGGACCAUCAUGGCUGCUCCAGUGCCAAUUCGAUGCGUCCUCCAUAGCAAAAGAAAUGGCUCUGGUCCUCGUCAUUGCGCAGGGUCAUAGGUCUCUAACUCUUCACGUUGGGAUUUCUAGCCAUUCGUUGGGCCGGGGUGUCAUAGUAUUGCACAUUAAUUAUCACAUAAUCAAUCUGAC